UGGAUGUUUGAAUAUUAUGUGUUAAAGGUGUCCCAUCUUCCCCACCAGUACUGUAUAUAUAUUUGGAAAGCUCUUCUGGCAUGAACGUAACCUACUCACAUAUAGGUUAAAACCAAAAUGUACCAAAAAUAUCGCGUUAGAUAAAUUAAGCAUACUUAGGUUGAUUUAAAAGACGCAAAGUCUUUAUAGUGCUCUAAAACAUUGCAUUUUGGCUUUGGCACCAUUAGUUUAUUGCGCCUAUAAAAUUAAUAAAAUACGUAGUAUCUUUACCUAAUUUAAUUAUUUAUUUUUUUAGUUUUAAGUUUUUUUUUACCAUCCUUAUUAGUUUGAUUGCAAACUUUUAAUAUUUUUUGUUUUUUUACAUGAAUCGUUAUUCCAGCAAUCACCAUAGCUGCGGUAUUACUUGUUACGUCAUGUUUUCGUCAUUGGAGCACGUUGAGUCAGCCUCCUUCGAUCCUUGCACUUCGGGUUCUUCCGGAAAUCUUCGGAGAAUUUCGGAUUCCCCGCUUCAUCUUCAGGAUGCUGCAGAACUAUCCGACUUAGGGAAUUUUCGGAGCGUUUCGGAUUCGAUCUCCGAAACUUCUCGUUCGUCGGAAAACUUUGAUGAGUCACUACAAAACCACCCGACUCACGAUGACGAAAUAUCUUUUCUACCGUGGGAAAAUAUAAACCCGGAAGUAUUUCGAAACGACCAAAUCGAAAUAAGCGAGCCUGAUCCUAAUAAUGCUGUUUAUGACGCAACAAACUUUGACAAUGGCCACUGUUCCACUCAAUUCGACACCCUUAUACGUCACAACAGCGAUUGUUACGUGUCAACGCGUGAAUUAUCACCAAACAAUGAAUUCAACAAUGAGGUUUUGGGAUGUGAUAAUGACGUCAUAAACGAUGGACGCUUCGAUGAUUGGAAAUCUGGAAUUCAAGUGAACGAAUGGAACGAACCGCGAGAUGACUCAAACAUUGCUUCUGCCCCACUUCCGCUCGCCCAAGAUCCUCACCCACCAAUCAUAGACCUUACUCACUCCCCACGUAACCACAGCACUGACCGCACGGAGGCGCCACAGAGCAGCAUUCCCAGCAGCUACCACCUUUUAUCAUUGAUGAAUGGAUUUUCAUGCAGCCAACCCCCAAACUACCCACCUAUCCCAACAAACCACCAACCACACUUUCUACCGUUCAAUCAACCAAUCAACCACCCCGGUAUUAACCAAAACACUGCGCCACAACAAGACCUAGAAAACUUUUACAUCCACAACCAACCUAACCAACACCAUACGAGUCAUAACAACCAUUAUAUUCAAGAUAACGAAACAAAAUGGCCGCCAAAUAUAGCACACAAAUCGGAUCAAAUCUCAAUCGAUCUCGUAAAUAAAGAACUUUGGCGAAAAUUCCACGAAAUUGGGACCGAGAUGAUCAUUACCAAGGCUGGCAGACGAAUGUUCCCAUCCAUCAAACUGAACUUUAAAGGGUUGGACCCAACGUCUAUGUACAUCCUAGCUAUUGAUAUAUUGCCAGUAGAUAACAACAGAUACAGGUACGUCUACCAUAGCUCCCAAUGGAUGGCAGCAGGCACCACAGAAGCAAGCACCCCACCUCGAACUUACGUGCAUCCUGAUUCGCCAGCGUCUGGUGACGUAUGGAUGAAACAGCCAAUCACAUUCGACAAAUUAAAACUGACCAAUAACGAACAGAACAACAAGGGUCACUUGAUCCUGCACUCGAUGCAUAAAUACCAACCUCGUAUUCAUCUCAUAUCGUGCGGCAAAUUCCCCAAGUAUGACGUCAUCAGUUACGUACCCGCCGUCGGGAGGAUCGAUGACGUCAUUCGUGAUGACGUCAUGACGUUUGUGUUUCCCGAAUGCGCCUUCACGACCGUGACAGCUUACCAGAACCAACAGAUCACACAACUUAAAAUUGACAGGAACCCUUUCGCUAAAGGUUUCAGAGACAGCAACAAAUCUUGGAAACCUCGAAGCAGCAGCAAUAAUGAAAGACAAACGGCCACAAAACGGCAGUGGAGAGUUAAAACUACGUCACAAUCACCUGUGAUGACGUCAAACACAACUGAUCAUAUAGUUUCCCCAAUCCACCCGAUGAUCAACACGUCAUCCCACCCUCCUAUAAAGAGGAACAAACUUCAUUUAGAGCAAGCAUUCAACGAACCGGACUUUGUCUUUCCUUCCAUCUCGCCCGAUUAUUGCGUCACAAAUCUUGACAAUGACGUCACAUGCAGUGAACUCCCUUACCAGAGAAAUCCCGAUGACGUCAUUAAACCUUCGGAUUCCGGCUAUGACGCAUGUCUGACGUCACAAUCGUUUUUGAGGCCGUUCGAUGUAAACGCUUUUAACCCGUUACAGGGGGAUUUACCCCAAACUGAGAAUGCAGCUUCGUUUAUUGACGAUUUUGAGUUGGAACUCAGUACUAACGGAACAAAUAGUGACGUCAAGCAUAACGAAAGCGAGUAUUACGUCAUUUCAACGUCACAUUCCGAAAAUGACGUCACGGCAAACCUGACGUCAAAUAAUUUAGAAUAACCGAAGUUUCUAUUUUCCGCUUUGUUUCCAUGCACAUUUUUAUUUUAAAUAUGAGAAUACAAACUGUCUCAACAA